AGAGAGAGAGAGAGAGAGGGUUUUCCAUUCUCUCUCAAAACCCCUGGGCCUGUUUUACAGCUCACUCUUCCUCAGCUCUUUGCUCUCGACAGCCUUCGAUCGAAAAUCGAAGAGAAGAAGGAAAAAGCCCAUUUCUUCUCUCUUUAUUUCAGAAGGAAGACCAAAAAGCGCUCCGAAAUUCGAUGUUUUAUCUCUUUUGCUGCUUUUUUUUUUCAUCGAUUUUGAGGCCCGUGUAGGAUGAGCGAGUUCUAUGUCUUCGUUUCCCUCGCGCCGUAGUCGCAGCGGAUUUGGUUCGUCAUGGCAAAACGAGUCUAUCAAGUUUGGAAGGGCAACAAUAAAUUCAUCUUUGAGGGAAGGUUGAUAUUUGGGCCUGAUGCUAGGUCACUAUUUAUCACUGUUUCACUCAUCAUUGUUCCUGUUAUAAUCUUUUGCGUAUUUGUUGCAAGACAUCUUCUCCACAGGUUUCCUGCAUACAAUGCAGGAUAUGCAGUCUUGGUAGUUGCAAUAGCCUUUACAAUCCAUAUUCUGUUGCUGCUGCUGGUUACUUCAGCUCGAGAUCCGGGUAUUGUACCACGUGCUUCACGUCCUUUUGAAGAAGAAUUCUCUUAUGAUACUUCAGAGGUUGGUGGGAGGCAUACACCCAAUCUACAAUUUCCACGCAUUAAAGAAGUAAUGGUUAAUGGUAUCCCUGUGAAAGUAAAAUAUUGUGAGACCUGUAUGGUCUAUCGUCCUCCCCGUUGUUCUCACUGCUCCGUCUGCAAUAAUUGUGUGGAACGCUUUGAUCACCACUGCCCCUGGGUGGGACAAUGCAUUGGACAGCGCAAUUACCGAUACUUUUUCCUGUUCGUUUCUUCCUCAACUCUUCUCUGCAUCUAUGUGUUUGCAAUGUCUGCAUUGUACAUCAAGUUUCUUAUGGAUGAGGACUAUCCUACAGUAUGGAAGGCAAUGAAAAAGUCUCCUGCAUCUGUGAUACUCAUGAUAUACUGCUUCAUUUCCCUGUGGUUUGUUGGUGGUCUCACUGGAUUUCAUUUAUAUCUUAUCGGCUCUAACCAGACAACCAAUGAGAAUUUCCGAUACAGAGCAGACAACAGGCCCAACGUUUAUGACCGGGGUUGCCUGAAUAAUUUCUUAGAAGUAUUCUGCUCAAAGAUAAAACCUUCUAGAAACAACUUUCGAGCCUAUGUACAGGAGGAAGCUGCAAGACCUGCCCGAAUCAGCCAUGCUAGGGAGGUAGAAGACGAACCAGCUGGUGGUCCACGUGCAAAAGUUGAAGAUGAUCUGGAGUUAGGUGGGGACCUAUUGAAGAUCUCGCAGCGUCGUAACUAUGAAGAGGUCAAUGAGGAGAUGGGUGGCAGAAACAGCAAUGGGAUGCACAGCGUUCUCCCAGAAUCUGAACUUGCGGCCAAUCCAAACACACAGGUUCCCGUUAUUAGAGGUGAAGUGAGGAACUCAAGCUGGGGUAGGAGAAGCGGGAAGUGGGAUAUCUCACCAGAGGUUCUGGCAAUCAGUUCUUCAGCCACUGAUGGUGGAGGGUCAUCACAAAAGGAUGCACAUUAGUCGAUCAUUGUGCCAUUUAUACUGUGAAAACCCAGGAUACUAUCAGAUGCUCAAAUCCUUUCAAAGGAAGAAAGGGGGAGAAAAAAAAUCAAAGGGAAAGAAAGAAAUGGCAGGAGGGCUUUUGCACUUGUGACUGGUCUUUCCGAUAUAACAAGCUCCAUUUGUUCUUGCAGUAGCACAUAUAUGUAUCGGUGUUUAGUUCAGUUGAAGAAGCGAAGGAAUUUGAAAGCCACAUGCUGUCCUCUUUUUCCAUCUUGCUGUUUAUGUUAUAGUUUGAUCUGUGGGUUAUCUGGAUUGUGGCAUAUUCUUUCUGUAAAGCAUUGUUGCAGGAUGUCCAGAUGUGAAAUCCAUAUUUUUUUUCCAAUUUUUUUUUCUGAAUUAAAGCAUAUGAUACUGGUGGUUUGUGGAUGCCCAGGAAUCUCAUUUGCUGGUGACGAUAUUCUUUGCCUCAUGGAUACAGGAUAUCUCAAAUUUGCAAGAUGCUGCCCUACCGUGUUGCAGAGGGGAAUGUGGAGUUUUUUUCCAACAAAUUGCUGCAGUAUUCUUCAAAGUAUUGAAACGUAUGAUGAGUUCGGUUCUCAUUUGCUGAAUGAAUAUCUGAACAAAUUCUAGGUAAUGUAGGAGCUAAUUGCGAGAAGUGUUGCUGCCUCUUUAUUGUUUCUUCCUACAUGCACUGUUGUGCAGACAACAAUUUUAUAUUCCCACAGUUUAUACGAAUCAGUCUGAAUUCUAGGAAAAUGAUUUGACUCUGGUGUGCCCAGCCAGGGGGACCUUUA